UUGUCCGGGAAGGAUCCAGUUUUUGCGCAGGAAAUAUUUACAGAAGUGGUAUCUAUUUACGGCAUUCAAACCGCUUAUCCAUUAAUCAUGGCUUGCGACGAGACUUUCGUUUAUAAUCUGAUCGUGGAGAAGGAAUUCGUGCUGCCCGUUAAAAUUGUUCAAAAGAUCUUCUAUAGGAAUCCGGAUUUGAUAGUGCGUUUUCUCAAAUUAUUGAAACCUCGUGAACUAAACGAGACCGAGCGCACUCCCUUCGCGAUCGGUAUCGACAGAUACAAAUCUUUCCUCUCUAAAUUAAUAAAGAAACAUCUGGAGGCUUUCGUGGAACUGUACGAGAUUCACAAAGAUUAUCUGCAAGAUAUUAUUUUGAGUAACACGUGUGCCGAAAUAUUUCUGAAGAAAGGUCAGCGACACCUGAUACAAAAACCGCUUAUAUAUAUCCGCAUGUUACCAUUGAAAAAAAUUAAUGAGGAUUUAAUGGAGAGAGUAUUCCCUGGUCUAUUGCCUACAGAAAUGUCUUCUUUUAAUACAGAUAGUAUGCUCGAUUACUUGAAACAUUAUCCACGUGAUAAACAACACGAUCUACUCCGUAAGUCAUACAAGGAUAAAUAUGAUGCCGAUUUUCUCGACGAGACAAAAAAUGUCACGCCUGCCUUAUUACAGUUAUUACCUAUCGAGGAACGGAUCAAACAGGCUAGAAUUAAAAUCGAGAAGCAGAACUUCGAGAAGCAGAACUUCAAGAAGCAGAACUUCGUGGAGGCUUAUUAUAAAAAUACGAUGGAAUACAAAACAGUUUGGACUUGUUAUUUACCUGUUAACGAAGUCAUACCGGUUAUCAAAGAAAAAUUAAAUAAAACUAAAGAUGAAAUAGAUAGGAUUGGUUUCCUUUUGCAAAUGAUUUAUGUUUGUAAUGUUAAUAAAGAUGAUGAUGCGUUGUUCGAUACCUUAACAUAUAUUUUAAAUAGACAUAAAAAUGAAAACUCUUGGCUAUUCGAACGAAUAUUCAGUCAACUUUUACAAAUAUACAAUUUACCUUAUUUAAAUGAAAAGCAGAUUUCUCUUAUACUAGACAUUGUCCGAUUGUUUUAUGUAAAAAAUGAAUUCGUACCGAAAGAAAUGCUCGUGGCUAUAAUACAUUUCAAACUUAUACACAAUAUGCCAAUUGAAGAGCUGAUCGAUAUGUUUUUAGAGAAGAAUCGAUGGUACAUAAAUUUUAACAUACUCAAAGAAUAUCCACAGUAUGAGAGACAAUGUCUCGUAACUUUCGCAAAUAAAAUUGAAAAAAAAUCUUUUAAAGAGAAUGAUGAAAAAAAAAAAAUUUUCUGCCAAUUUAUUGAAGCAAUAUACGAUUUUAACAGCAGGUGUAAAAAAUCUUGCAUCAAAAUAGAAAAAAUGACAAUUAAGGAUUAUCCUUGGUUAAUAGAUGUUAUUCACGAAGUAAUACGUGUCGAAGAAGAUUAUUGGAAAAAUAUAUUACAGAAGAAUGAACCAGAACUGUACUGCAGUUGGUUUCCUUCAAAUAUUGCGAAAGUAACGUCAGGCGCGGCGCUCGCUCUAUUGAAACGAGAUUUACAAAACAUACUGGAUAAUUGGGAAGAAUACUUGGAAAACUGCAUGAAGAACUACUAUAUAAAACAUGUACAACGUUUCGUCAAGGCCACGCGAUGGUACAAAGAUUUACCCAUUAAAUUUGCUGAACGUUGCAUGAAGUAUGUGUACGAUAAAAGUACAGAUAAAAUAUCAUCUAGCCUAGUUAUCUUGGCCCUUUUACUUCAUGGUGAUGAGUUGACAAAACUAAUCGAUCCUUUCACACCCACAGAAACAACGAUAAAUACUGAUCAUCCAAAUGCCAAGGACAACUAUAAAAUUAUAAAAAAUUUACCAUUGAGCAUGAGACUUUCCAAUCCACCAAUACCUCUCGAUCUCGUAGUUAGAUUGUGUGUAGGAGAUUACUUGUCAAUAGCUUUGAUGAUGCUAACAAACGUUAGUAGGCGUACUUCUUCGCCUAAAGUUAUCUCAAUCGCACAAAAGUUGAUGAGUAUGCGUGUGAGCACACGUAAGCAUGGAGUUAGGCUGAUGUACUUAAUAGCUACUAUGCAUGAGCUUAUAGAUUUUCUCCAGAAAACAUGGGCAACCGAGAACCAUCAUUCAGUACGACAAGUUUUAUUCAAGACAUUCCAGAAAUGUUUUCUCACAAAACCAGAUCCCGAAACUUGGUCCCUAUAUUGUCAAACUACGUCGACGUUGAAUCUCAAUGACGAAGCAUUGCUUUUAGAUAUAAAGCUGUUUCCUGAGAUCCCUAAUGAAUACGUCGUAAGAUAUCUCGAUCUAUGGCUCAAAACGAUAGACAAUUUUCAAGGAAUGGGACUGGACGACCAGAAAACAAACAAACACGUUGCCUAUUUUUUAGCGACGCUUACUGCAUCUAUUUUCAAUCUUUUAUCUGAAGAAUUUACUGAAAAUAUACUUCGAAGAUUUUUAUUCCAUAUGGAUAGGGAUGUAUCCAGAGCAGCAAGACGUUUUACAAUAUCGUAUAUUUUAACAAAAGAUCAAGAUAAAUAUGCAGCAUGCAUCAAAGCAUUUGCCAAUGUCUUUCGUAACACAGUGAUACCUAAUUGGAAUGUACCUCAUCCUAAAAAAUUAUACUUUUAUCCAAUCAACAAAGCCGUGCGUUUUUUCAUAGAUGAUUUCGUCAGUAGCUACAUCAAUAAGCUCUACUUUAAUAAAUCUUUUAACCCGGAAGUUAUCGAUAACAUGCAAAUGAUAUUUUUAUCUGUCUUGUCACCUAGACAGUACGCGAGGUCUUAUUUAUUGUUGAUAUACGCAAAGAAGUUGCAAGAAUGCAACUCCAUCAAUAACUCCUUUGGCCUGAAACUCGGUCAGCAGUUGCAUGAAUUAACCGACAUUUUCUCAUCGCUAUUGGUUUUGUUUAUGGCCGAAAUUCUCAAGUACUUCCUAAGCCAAGUAUCUAAACCUUCCGAUUUGCAAGAAGUCAAGCUUAGUGUCAUAGAAGGCCUGAUUGAAGCUGGUAAUACGGAUUCUUGUUUUAUGGCUGUGACAAUGUUACCAUCGAUGAUCCAGACGGAACACGUAGCAAGAUACGAUCGAAUCGUUGAAAAGUUACAAGGAAUGCAUGAGGAGCUUGGUACCAUGACCGUUUUAUGCACUCAUUUAAAUGAAACGCUGGCAAUUUUUUUCUUAGCACUACCUUUUGGAGUACUUUCGCCAAUCCUACGGACAGGUAAAAUGAACAAAAAACCAAUUCGAACUUAUCAGAGAAAACCUGCAAAGAGACCUGUUAUGAAUUCAUGGGCAUCUGUAUCAAGUGAAAAAUAUUUUGUGGGAAACAGUCAUUUUGAUAAAAAUGAACUGUAUAAUGAUUCUUUAAAUUAUGAUCUAUUCGAAACGACAUUUGACAAACUUGCCAAAGAAGUAGUAGUACCUCCUAUCCCAUUGGAUACAAAUCAAAAUGAUUCAUGGAAAGACAGUAGCAGUGAUGAUGAUAUUACCAAUGCAACAAGUCUAAAAUCUGAACCUAUAGAUGUUGAUCUUUUUAUACAGAAUAAUACACCUAGUUCAACAAAUGUUAGGCAUAAAUCAGCUCCUAAAUGCAAGAAACAAAAAAAAUCUGAACCAAAAGUCAUGGUUUCUAUAGGAAUGUUGUCUAAAAAAACAAAAAUAAUGUCAGUUAAAGAUAAAACAUGCUUAGGAAAAGCACAGGGGCAGAAGAGACAAGCAAACAAGAGUAAAAAGAAGAAAGUGCUAAAAAAUAAAUGUAAGCCUAAUCAUGUAUGCAAUGAACAGAUAUCUCAUAUAAAUUCUAAUGCUAUAGAUAAUUUGGAAGAUGUCUCUUAUAAGAACGAUAUUUCAUGCAACAAUACCCAUGAAUCUUUGCUACAAAAGGUUGACAAAUCAAUUACAUCACAAAAUAAAUCAAUUACAAUUAAUGAAUCCAUUGCUGAUUUCAAACAUAUAAGAAACUAUCAACAAAUUAUCAAACCAUGUUUUGUUAAAUUAAAUGCUUGUACUGUGCAGAAUUAUACAUUGAUUCAUGAAAGAUUUCCAGAAAAUAACCAAGAUAUAUUGCAUGAUACAAAAUUCUUGUUACAAGAUACUUUACAAACUAAGAAAAAUAUUUCUAAAGUACUAAGUACUGUUUCGCGAUCAGUCUCAGCUGAACAUAAUGAAUUUAAUGAUUCUAAACAUACAUCAGUUAAACAUUGUUCUGUAGUAUUGUGCAAUAACAUUGUUAAAGAUUGGCAUAUAUUACAAAGUAAAAGAAACAUGAAAGAUACUAUCAAUAUAAAAGAUAAAUCAAAUAUAUCACAUUUAGUUUUCUGUAACUCAUCUGAAGUUACUCCAAACCGCAAUAAAAGUAUUGAACUUACAUCAUAUGAUAUGAAGAAAGAAAGAGAUCUAAUAAAAAAUAGUUUUGUAAAAGUGGAAAGAUUAGAGAUAGGAGAGUUUGUAAAAGAAAAUAAUACAAUAUCUGAAGAAAAGCAAAACAUAUUUUCUAGCACUCCUUUUAGCAAACGAGUCAAACCUAAUUUAGCAAUAUUAUCUCCUAUUAAUUCUAAUAUUUAUAACAAGUCACAUUGGAGUCAAGAAGGUUUGUUAGCAACUACAAAAGAAGAUAUUUCCAACAUUGAUCAGAAAAAUUCUUAUCCUUUGGUUACGAUAUCAGAAGAUUCUAAACUCAAGCCCACAGAUGUACAGGGACAGCAAACACAAAUUUUAUUGUCCCAGAAAUCACAAAUUACAGAUUCUGUUGUUAAAAAUGAAGUAACAUCUUACAAAAAUGAUGUCCAUAUAGCUAUUACUCAGAAAUAUGGUACAGAAUGCUAUGUUGAAACAGAAAUUCCGUAUUUAUUAAAUAUGUCUACUGAUCAAUCACAAUCAUUAUUUGAUGAUACAACAUAUAGUCACAAUCAUUCGGCGAAAGAUCCAAAUGAAGAUAAAAUAAAAAAAAAACGUCCUGGUACGCAUAAAUUUGUAGAAACGGACACAGUAGAUUCAUCCGUUGAUUUAUGUUUAAAACAAAAGCAAUUAUCAAGUGGUAAUAAAGCUGAAGCAAGCUUUCAGUAUAUAUCACCUUCCAAAAUAUGUUUAACAUUUAAAGAUUUAGAUAAUACGCAAAAAAAUAAAUCGCAAGAAAAUCACGAUAUAACAGGAAUAAGUAUAGUAGAAGCAAUUCAUGAGAGCCUUAAAGAUAAAACUGUUAAUAUUAAUAAACUCAGUUUAUUUGAUGAAAGUCAAAAUAAUAUUAAUAUGAAUGCUCGUGUGCUGCUUACACGAUUACAAGAUCCAAUUAGAAUAGGAAGGAGAAUACAAUAUCCUAAAUGGCAUUUAAACAUAUCAAAUAUUUUUGAUAGUGUAAAUAAUGAAGCCGUACAAUCAAACAACGAAGUUCACUGUAUCACAAUUGACAAAGAUCUUUCUAAUGUUCAAUCAGCACAUAAUUUUGAGCAUUCUAAGAAUGCAAAUUUGUCUAACGAUCAUUUUGAAUCCUCCAGUGGCACGACUGAACCGUACAGUGAUACAAAUAGACAAAUGAAGAAAUCAGUUUUUUUAAAACCGGGCAAGUAUUGGGCUAGAUCUUUGUCAAUAUUAAAUAAUAUAAACGAUGGAUCUAAUUUAGACAAAUUAAGUAUCGGAAAGGGGAAAAAAUGGAGGUGCAGCGUCAGAAAUAUAUUGGAUAUGCAAAAACAAGGAAUUUUCCAAAGUUGUUUGAAGAAGGAUAAAGAUGAUACGAAUUUAUCUAGCGAUAAUCUUAGCAUAUCAAAUACUUCAUCGUUCAACAGUAACAAAUGUAAAGAAUUUGAUUUAGCGAGUUAUCCUAGAUUUUCUAAAAGGAUCUCAGUGAGAGUUGUGCUUAAUAAUGCAAGCACUAAGUGUGAAAUCAAAGAUACUUCAUUUCUUGAGGCAUUUGGAAUUACUGCAGAAAAAUCUUCAAACUCGAAAUUAUCAUACCAGGAGAAAUCAUUGAUAUAUAACGAUCAACAUAUCAGUAGUCAUUCCAAUACUGCAAGAGAUGUUGUCUUACAGAGAUGUUCACAAAACUGUUAUAUUACUUUUGCAGAUCGUUUUCCAGAUUCGUAUUUAGAACGUUGCCAUAAAAUAGGCGAAGGUGUUUAUGGAGAAGUUUUUCUUCAUGAAUGUGAGGGUAAAAGAUCUGUUAUAAAAAUUAUUCCUAUAGAAAAUGAACAGUUAGUCAAUGGUGAACCACAAAAGAAAUUUAAUGAAAUAUUGUCAGAAAUUGUGAUUGCAAAGGAAUUGGAUAAUCUGAAAUUAAAUGAUAUCUAUAAAACUAAUGGAUUUGUAGAAGUUAAAAAUAUCAGCUGUAUUAUAGGAAAAUAUCCAGAGAAGCUCAUAGAACUUUGGAAAAUGUAUGAUAAAGAUAAAACAUCCGAUAAUGAUUGUCCAUUGAUGUUUGAUGAAAAUCAGUUGUAUAUUUCUCUUGAACUGAGUCACGGUGGGGAAGAUCUUGAAGCCUUUGUAUUUCAAACUGCGGAGGAGGCUUGCGCUCUAUUUUUACAGACUGCAUUGGCAUUAGCAGUUGCAGAAAAGGCACUUGAAUUUGAACACAGAGAUUUGCAUUGGGGUAAUGUAUUAAUAUCAAGAACAAAAGAACAAUAUAUAUAUUAUAAUCUAGGGGGGAGAGAGAUCAAGUUUCCUAGUAAAGGUGUAAAGGUAUCUAUAAUAGAUUUUACGCUAUCGAGAAUGUUAUACCAAGGAUGUUGCAUAUAUAAUGAUCUUGCACUAGAUCCAGCUUUAUUUACUGCUCAUGGUGAAUAUCAAUUUGAGAUUUAUCGUCUUAUGCGCGACAAAAUUCAGAAUGAUUGGCGCAAAUUUGAACCAUAUACGAAUGUUUUGUGGUUGCAUUACAUUUUGGAUAAAAUGAUUACUGCGGUAAGAUACAAAAAGAAAAACUUGAAGGUUCACAAGCACGCUGUUAUCAGAUUAAAAGAAUUUAAAGAUAUAAUUUUAAACUACAAUAGUGCAUACGACUUUGUAAUCAAUUCUAAUAGCGUCGAGUAACUAUGAUGCAAGCCCUUACG